AUGAUGGCAUCACUCUCUGGCACUGCCCUGGUCCACCUGUGCCUGCUGGCCUGGUCUCACCUGGGCCUGUCAAAGGUCUCCAACUGCUGCCAGGGGACCACCCAGGGACCAUCCAGGGGACCACACAGGGACCACCCAAGGGACCACCCAGGGACCAUCCAGGGGACCACCCAGGGGACCACACAGGGACCACCCAGGGGACCACCCAGGGGACCAUCCAGGGGACCACACAGGGACAACCCAGGGGACCAUCCAGGGGACCCAGGGGACCAUCCAGGGGACCACCUAGGGGACCACCCAGGGGACCACCCAGGGACCAUACAGGGGACCAUCCAGGGGACCACCCAGGGACCAUCCAGGGGACCACACAGGGACCACCCAAGGGACCACCCAGGGACCAUCCAGGGGACCACCCAGGGGACCACACAGGGACCACCCAGGGGACCACCCAGGGGACCAUCCAGGGGACCACACAGGGACAACCAAGGGGACCAUCCAGGGGACCCAGGGGACCAUCCAGGGGACCACCUAGGGGACCACCCAGGGGACCACCCAGGGACCAUACAGGGGACCAUCCAGGGGACCACCCAGGGACCAUCCAGGGGACCACCCAGGGGACCAUCCAGGGGACCACCCAGGGACCAUCCAGGGGACCAUCCAGGGGACCACCCAGGGACCACCCAGGGACCAUCCAGGGGACCACCCAGGGACCAUCCAGGGGACCACCCAGGGGACCAUCCAGGGGACCACCCAGGGACCACCCAGGGACCAUCCAGGGGACCACCCAGGGGACCAUCCAGGGGACCACCCAGGGACCACCCAGGGACCAUCCAGGGGACCACCCAGGGGACCACCCAGGGACCAUCCAGGGGACCACCCAGGGGCGCAACAACGCUGCCUUUGUUCCUGGCCACAACCUAG